UGUAUCUCGCAUCUCAUUAUCAAAAGAGAACAAUUUCAUUAUCUCCAUCUCGCAUCCCAAAAUAAUAUAUUUUAUUUAAGAGAGUGCUGUAAUUAUUACUUCCCCGGGAUCAGUUGAUCACAGCUUCGCCUCUCGCUUUCUCUUUUCCGCGGUUUUAUUUGAAAACAGACGCUCUUGAGAGCGCGCACGCGACGCGUCUGUGAGGGAGAAGCUCGCGCUCUUUGUUCAUUCAUUUGAUCUGCGAUUCUUUGUUGCGUGUGAAAGCAUGGGAGCACAAAUCUCCAAAAACGGAGCAAAAGACGAGACUGCUGCCGAAAAACCCGCGGAGGCUGCGAAUAAAUCAAACGGGCAGGAAAAUGGCCAUGCUAAAACCAACGGGAAUGCCUCUCCGAAUGCUGAAGCGGCAGCAGAAGAUGUCCAAGCCAAUGGAAAGCAUGCUGCCGAUGGGGAGGUAAAAGCAGAGGAGGGAAAGGCAGAGGAAGGAGACGUGGAGAAGGCCGCUCCGGAGGGUGAAGCAGAGAGUUCUGCUGUUGCAAACGGUGAAGACUCCACCAAGACAGAAGAAAGCGCUGCUUCUGCAAGCAGCGAGCCUGCCAAAACUAAAAAGCGUUUCUCCUUUAAGAAACCAUUCAAGCUGAGCGGUUUCUCCUUCAAGAAGAGUGCCAAAAAAGAAGCUGAAGGUGGAGAAGCAGCAGCGGCCACCGCUGAGAAUGGAGAGCAGAAGAAAGAUGCUGAACCUGAGGAGGCCAAGCCUGAAGCUUCCAGCGACGAGGCCAAGACGGAGACUCCAGCUGAGGAACCCAAAGCUGAGGAACCAAAAGCUGAAAGCAAUGAGGAGAAACCAGCCAGCGAGGUAGCCGAGGAAAAGCCGGCUGAGGAGAAGCAAGAGGCGGCUCCUCAGGAACCAGCAGCCGCAGAAAGCUCAGAGGCUCCAGCCGCUGCCACAGAGUAAGAUGGAGGAGGUGAAAGGCCCGUUUUUAGAUGAAGUCCGAGGAGCACAAACAUGGAAAAUUUGUACAAAAACCAAUGACAUUUCAAACCUUCUGUUAUCUCAUACUUUCACCCAUUCCUGUUCCAUCUACUACAUUGUAUAUGGCAUUUUGAAGGAAGGAAGUUGGAUGGAAUGAUUGGAAGUGAAAGGCACAUUUUUUUUUUUCCUCCCCCCAUGUUUUUUCAUAAUUUUCUGUAGCAGUUGUGUGGGUGUGUGCGCGCAUGAGUGAGAUUUAAUAGAAAUAUUGCUUGUUUAAAUUUUUGUUUUGUUUGUUUUCUUUUGUAGGUGAACUAUGUUAGUGUUGUAAGGACGUUGAGUUGAAAUGUUAGUUGAAGGUACUGGUGCCAUACAAUUGGGUAAAUCAAGCGUGUGGAAAAAGGAGCUAUCAGAAACGACAUCGCUGAACAGUUUUUAGAUGUUAUCGGUCCGUUCUCAUUUGAUUUUUACUGUCAUGAAUCACUAAAAACAGGUGCUCAAAUCCUCAGCAGCUGCAUUGUGCAAUACCGCAGCAUUAUGUAUUGGUAUUGGCUUUUGUCAUUGCUGGAUUUUAAGAUGUUGAAAAUGGCUUUUUCAUGUUAUUUUUUCCCUCAGUGAUAUCAAUUUAAAGGUUUUUUUUUUUCUCUCUCUCUUUCUUGAAAUAUUGCUGUUUCAAUGAGAAUGAUGUUCUGAAGUGUUUAAGAUCAAAACUGUUGCCCUGUCAUGUGUAAUGCAGUCAAAGUGUUUUUUAUUCCAGCAGAGUUCCACAAAUGUUUGAAAAAUUGCCAGUGCAAUCGUCAAGUAGAUAUUUUUUUUUCUUUUUUUCCUGUAAAUACUUCAGCACCAUCUCUACUUGAUUUUUAAAUGGAAUGUAACUGCGUGCAAAUCGUUCACAAUGCUUCUUUUACCCCUUCAUUUUAGGGGCACUCAAAAUAAAAAUAAAGGAUUUAGACAGACAUGA